AUGGUACAGCCUCACCUUCGUUUCUGUCCCAUUGUGUUUCUUUUGUCCCAUAGUGAAGACCAUGAGUCCCAUGCUCUGCUUCUCAAGAAGUUUGUGGAGAUGUCGAAGCAAGCGGGUGUCAGCUUGACGCAUGGCUUUUUUGAUUGUCAUUGCUACAAUGGUGCUAGCGCUGCCUUGGACAGUGAUGAGACAAUGCGGCAUGUGCGGAGGCACCGUUGUCUGCAGCACAGCAAGGAAAAUUUGCGCUCCGAAGGGCGGAGGAAAGACCCUGAACCUCGCCUGAAGAAUUUGGAGCUUCUGGCCCCCCUCGUCAAUUUCAUGCAAGGCAGCGCUUUUUUCCCAAGCUCAACAGAGUUCAAUGCCUUCUGGUCAUCUGCGCUCGAAAGAUUGGAGGCUGUGGACGGCUGGAAUGAAGCGGCAAUGGCCAACUACCUGCUGGAAAAUUUGCUUUCCAAGGGUGAUGAUGGCAGCAUAUCCAGCAGUUGGCGCUGCGGUCUGGGAAUUGUCCCUCCAGGCUUCACAACGUAUUCGCCAAACAUUAUUGAGCGGUCGUGGAGAACUUUGAAGGGCUUGGUGCAACCGAGGACUCGGCGCAUGGAGCCGGCGACUCUUCUGGUGGAAGUUUGCAGCGCAUUCGCUUCAAGACUCAACGCUGGCUUCUACAAUGACAUGCAUCAAGAGGUUCCGGUGGCUUGGCCUGCUCUUCGCAGCCGGUCUGCGAAGCAAUAUGACAGAGUCGAUGAAAUGGAUAUCGGCGAUGAGGAGGAGAAGUUAUGCAAGCGUCAGCGUCUGGAUCUUGACAGCCUCUUGAAACAUUUCCGGAAGAAAGGUCCUUGUGGAACUUGGAUGGCAACUCCCUGUGAUCUUGUUCUCCAAGAUGCUUCAGUGGCACAGUCUCUCUAUGUGUUUGGCAAGUACGAUUUGAAUGCCGUGACGGAGAAACGUGAUGACACCUUUGCGGCUAUGCGACUCUGCUUGGCACGCGCUGCAAGUGAAGUGGAAGCAGCCUGUGCUGACCCUGAGACAGAUGGCAUUGCUGAGAUUCGUGCUGGACCAGAGCUUGCUUCUUCUCUGAAGAGGAAGGUCAAGAAACAAUUCAAGCAGAAACGGUCAGAGCGUUUGAAAAAUAUGCUCAAAGCUCCUGGACAACGUGGCGUUGCCAAAAACACCGCUGAAAAGUCGCAGAUCCUUCGGAAAGAGUUGGCUUUGCAUUUGCCCGGAGCCGUUUCUGAUUCCACUCAGAAACCCUUGCUGCAUUGCUUGGCGGAAAGUGAUGAAAAUCUUUGCAUGGCUCGUACACAGCGUGCUUCGCGCUGUAAGAAUCCAAGAACAUGUGGUAGCUUUUGCAAAAAGCAUUUCGAAGAAGCACAGUCGCAGAAGUAUCGCUUGCAACUCUUCGAUCAGCUGCCUGCUUCUGGAGCCAUGGAUGCUUGGGAGCGGUCUCAGAUGCAGUUAGCUCUCAGUUUGUCCUUGGAAGAAAACGAAGCCAGUAAAAAAAAAGAAGAAAAGAGCUUCAAAAAAAUUGACAAACGCUUGGAUAAAAUGGGCCUCCAAAGAAAACCCAUGCCUAGAGAAGGAGCGUGCCAGUUUGAAGCUAUUUGCCACGCUGCCGCACUACCCAUGACACCCUUGGAGCUCAGGCUGGCCGCUGUCAGCUACCUAGAGCCUCUUGGAAACAUGUUCGUGGACCGGCUGGAAGCCAAAUUCAAAGGUCAGUGGGUUGGCUAUAUCGACUACAUGAAACGUCAAGACAGCUGGGGAGACGACAUGACUUUCAUGGCGUGCAGCCAUAUUUUAAGACGUAAAAUUUUUGUCGUCACUGAUUCCUCUGAUGAGAAUCACACGAUUGAUUGUCUUUUGCCCUCCAGACAUGAUGUGGCAAGGUCCGCUGACUCUCUCACUGGUGAUGGACAAACACUAUGA